AUGGAGCCGACGAGCUCAUCAGAGCACGAGAAUGAUGACUUUUCCGAGAUCAUUGAGACGGAGUCCGAUCCUCGCGAUGCGCGGCCUCAGAAACCCAAGAAGCGGCUCCGGAUCCUGGAAGAGGAUCCCCGGCCUAAAGAGACUGUCUACAUUGGUAAUCUGUUCUACGACGUGACGGCGGAAGAUCUGAAGAACCACAUGCAGCAGUUUGGCGUUGUGGAGAGAGUCGAUCUCAUUACUGACAACCGCGGAAUGAGCAGAGGGUUUGCAUACGUGCACUUUGACUCUAUUGAUGCCGCCAAAGAUUGCGUCGAGGCUAUGCAUUUGCAAAUCUAUGAGGGCCGCCGUAUAACCGCGCAAUAUGCGAGCAGCGGCGGCGGAUCCAGGCCCUUGCAGCCCGUUUCGAAGACGCUGUACCUCGGCAACCUGUCGUUUGAGAUGACCGACCGGGAUCUGAGCGAGCUCUUCAGAGAUAUCAACAAUGUUAUUGAUGUUCGCGUAUCGGUGGAUCGACGGACAGGGCAACCUCGCGGCUUCGCUCAUGCAGAAUUCCUCGAUGUCGAGAGCGCUCAGAAGGCUUUCGAGAUUCUCAGCGGGAAGGCACCUUUCGGUCGACGGAUUCGCGUGGACUACAGUAAUACCAACAGGAGGGCGAGUCGUAUCGAGGAGGUUACGGAUAGAGAGUAA